AGAGCAGCGGGUACUGCCUGGGAAAAGGUUUGGACUUUAGGACACAGCGUCGACUUACGGAACAAGGCUGUCCGGUUUCAGUCAGAGUAUUUAAGUAGCGGAUACAGCAGGUAGCCUACAUAUGUGUUUUGGAUGCCACAUUUGAGCGAGAGAUAGUGUAAAAAGACAGAAGAUGGCAGACAUACGCAAGAAACUUGUCGUGGUGGGGGACGGCGCAUGUGGGAAAACAUGUCUGCUGAUCGUAUUCAGCAAAGACGAGUUUCCCGAGGUGUAUGUUCCGACUGUGUUUGAGACAUAUGUGGCGGACAUUGAAGUGGACAACAAGCAGGUCCAGCUGGCUCUGUGGGACACAGCCGGACAGGAGGAUUACGACCGGCUGCGCCCACUUUCCUAUCCGGACACCGAUGUCAUUCUGAUGUGCUUUUCCGUGGACAGCCCGGAUUCGCUGGAAAACAUCCCAGAAAAGUGGGUCCCCGAAGUCAAACACUUUUGUCCGAAUGUACCCAUUAUACUAGUGGCCAACAAGAAGGAUCUGCGCAACGACGAGAACGUGAGGAACGAGCUGUCCCGGUUGAAGCUGGAGCCAGUGAAAACAGAGGAUGGCCGGGCCAUGGCCAUGCGCAUUGGCGCAUAUGACUAUUUGGAGUGUUCUGCCAAAACCAAGGAGGGGAUCUGGGAAGUAUUCGAGACUGCAACGCGGGCAGCCUUACAAAAACGAACAACACCGCCGGGUGGUUGUCUCAAAUGCUGCGUGUUGAUGUGAAUCUGACUCUUGUCUGGAGAACCGAGAGGCGUAGACAAGACGUAACCACCGCUGGGAUCCGUGUGUGUCUAAACAUGUAUGGGCAGUGACCAUGGUUUGGAUACUCCCUUGUAAUCAGACGACCUUGGCUGAACCAAAACGAAUGACUUGACUUGACAGACGACUUGUUUUGAACACACUCGAUAAUCACCUGAUAUCGGUGUGUGUGUGUGUGUAUGUGUGAGAAAUGCACUGGUUACAGCAUGUUCUUUGUGGGUCACAUGAUCCCAGCCUGACUGGUGGAGGGGUAAAAAGGACAAACCACUAACCGCUACAUUUCAGUGGACGCCUUAACCCCUGUCUCUGAUGUGGACAAGGCCUGCUUUCGAGCCAAGAUUUUAAUUGCUCACUUCUUGUGUUUCACAGUGUUUGCAUAGGCCACUGCCUUACUGCCAAGGUUAUACAUUGUAAUAGGCAAAUCAGUAAUAAUUGCACUUGUUAUUUAUGUCCACUUUGUGUUGUAAAUUGACUGCAUUAAGUUUGGGAAAUUGCACAGAAUCUGAAACUACAGCGACUCACAGAAAGUUUUAUAAAGCCUGUUAAUCAAUGUAAGGGUACCUGAAGUGGUCUGUAAAGCUCUUCUGAUGUUUUAUGCCUUUUUAAAUAAAAACAUAGCUUCAGUUUACGGUUAAUGGUAUCAGCUGUCUCAGGUUUGUUAGUUAUAUCAAUGCCCAAAAAGUAUGUAAUUGACUCCACAGUAUUAAAUGCCUAGUUUAUUAGUUGUUAUGCAACAGGCCAAGAUUUAAUCAGAGGCCUAGGAGAGUACAUGUUGGCCAGUUUUGAAAAGGGCUAACCAUAUUGUCAGAGUUCUGGUUGGUGUUUGUAAGAGUUAAGUGAACAAACAAACAGUUAAUCAAUUGUUACCAGAAAUAUUUCUUUUUUCAGGCUUGUUAAGCAUGCGUCUACUCUAAAUUUCAUGCCUGGCUGUGGCUAGAGGGGCCAGUUCUGAGAGGACGUUGAUGAAAUGGGUUCUUUUGUACAUGGAUUAUCAAAACAGUGGAAGGAAAGGUUACUCAAAAUCAUUGUCAGUCGUAAAUAGCACAGUCAGCGAGGGGAAAUGCUGUUAUUUUUUUCUUGCAGCCUCAACUGAACCAAGUCAUUUCAAGCACAUACAGUAUCUGAAUAUGUUUCUGAGCUCUGGAAUACAGGUUUAGCUGUUUCACAGGCUGGCAUAUCUCAGCUGUCUAUAACAUUUUCCAUUUAGCUGCAGCUUUGUUUCCAGUUUUGUGGGUGACAUUUCCAAAAGAGAAGAUUGAGCAUGUGAGAUGGUUUAGCAUGUGAGUGCUUUGUUCAGUGAUAUAUGUUUUCUUAGAAAGUGUCAUGAAAAGAGGAGUGGACUACAUCAGAGCUCUAUUGAGCCGGUGUAGCCCACUCUCAUAUGGGAUUAAGCCAUGGUAUGGCAAUAAAAAAUUUCAAUGAAAAGUUAUCAGAUGUUAUGUUAUUAUAACCACAAUCUUAUAAUAAUGACACAAACUUAACCAAAAGGGUAUUUCUUUGAUUAAAAUACCAGACUAAAACUAAACGUAAAGUAGUCAUUUUUCUGAAGCUGUAAAAAAGUUUGUUUACAGCUGUAAAACUGAAUUAUAAAUGGUUGAGAAAUAUGCACACACACACACACAAAUUCUAUCUCAAUGUCUUCCUCUAUGACUGUGAAUGUACCUCAGAGUUAUCUGUUCAGAAACAUUGUUGGAGCCUUUGAAGAAUUCAAUGUCUGUCAGCCAAUUUUCCAGUUUUGUGAAAUAUAUCCAGCUCAUGUUUGAUAUGUGUCUACACAGAGGUGUUGUGUAACUGUCCUCUUACACUAUAGUGGGAGUGCUUGUUCAAAUGACAGCUAUGAACAUCAAUUACAGAUACUGUUGCUACACUGAAAAUCUAGGGCACACCCCUGGUGGAUCUACAUUGUGAGUUAUUCUGUUAAUGGUAACUGAAGACAAAAGAAGCUCAAUUUCACUUUAAACAUGUCAUUUUUUUUUUACCCUGUGAUUCAAUAAGCAACUAUAGUAAAGAUAAAUCAGAGUUUAAAAGAGUAUCUUUUACAAAUCCAACCAGAGUUACGAUGGUGUAAAAGUCACAUUCCCCCCUGCCUUCUGUUGCUGGGCUUUUUGCUGACUUACAGAGCAGGAAUGCAUUGUGCUGGAUUGGUUAAUUUUCCCACACUGGCCCCCCUCAUGUGCCUCUGAUUUCCAGUGUUGUUAGGUUAUUAUUCACUGAUCAGACAGUGCAGUUUUCAUCUUCUUCAACAAUGGAAUCCUGGAGAAGAAAAAAUGCUGAAAAUGUGCCAAACCUAUGUGUUUGUAAGAGUUCAAAUUAUGACCACAUUAAUGUAAUUACGCAAUACUUUCUAAGUUUGAAUGGUAGAUGACAAACAAUGGAAGUUUUUGUGAGGAAAAACAACACAGAAUGUAAGGGAACAAGGUACUGUUCUGGGAAACUCAAUAAAAAAAUCAAUGUGUGUCACCAUC